AUGAAGAAGACUCGCGAUGGUGGCGACGGCAUGAGCGAGAGCGAGGUCCUGGUGAAUACGCAUGCACUUGUCGUCGCCGGCAGUGAAACAACGGCGACAGCUCUGUCGGGAUUUUGCUUUUACCUGUCGCGGAACCCACUGGCCUACACCCUGCUCGCCGACGAGAUUCGCGCCGCUUUCGCAUCCGAAGAAGACAUCAACUUGUCUCCUGGCGAUAUGGUGGACGGCAAGUUUGUGCCGGCAGGGACCCAUCUUUCCGUAUAUCCAUGGGCUACUUUCCAGAACCCAGCCAACUUCGUCGAGGCCGAGUCGUAUAUCCCAGAACGAUGGCUGCCAGCCACACAUCCUCGAUACGAGGGGCGCUUUGCAGCAGACAAGCGGGCCGUCUUCAAGCCAUUCAGCUAUGGCCCACGAGAUUGCAUCGGCAAGAACUUGGCCUAUUCCGAGAUGAGGUUAAUCAUUUGUCGCCUUCUCUACCGUUUCGAUUUCGAGUUGGCCCACAAGCAGGAGAGCUGGCAUGACGACCAGAAGAUCUUGUUCUUCUGGCAGAAGAAACCUCUUUACCUAAACCUUCAGCGGCGCGGCCCGAAGAUUCAACAGAUUGGCGAGUCGCUCUAUGGAUGA